CGACCACACUUUGUUUAUUUAUUUAUUUUGCACUUUCCCUUACUUUAAUCUCCUUUUCAUUUUCACCACAGCUAUUACCAGAUACGAUAGAAACACACUUAUUUCUUUUGGUUUACAAUCCACUCACCUAUCACCGUUUUUUUUCCCACAAGAUCCAUGCUGGCUGAGCGAGAUCCUGAGGAGGAACAAAGGACAAGACCCGAAGCUGUGGCUCUGAGGGAAACAAGCUGGCAUCAAGAACAGGCUGUGGGCUUGUGCACACCAUGCUCCCCUGCCUAGCAUCCUGCUAACCAAUGUCCAGUUUCUGGAGAACAAGCAUGACAACCUCAGGGUCAGGGUUAAAUUCCAGAGGGACAUUCGGAACUGCAACUGCAUCUGCUUCACUAAGACAUGGCUGAACCCAGGUGUACUGGACCACGCCAUCCAGCUGGCCGAGUUCUUCUCGUUUUACUGCAAGGACAGAACAAUGGAGUCUGGGAAGUCAAGCGGAGUUGGAGUGUGUCUGAUGGUAAACAGCAGCUGGUAUUUGAACAACAGUGGGAGCAUUGUUCCUCUCACACGCUCUUGCAUACCCAACCUGGAGCUCCUGACCAUCAAAUGUCGCCUAUAACAAAUACCUUCCUCAGGAUUUUACCUCGGUCAUAGUCAGUGCCAUUUAUAUUUCACCUCAGGCAGACAUGGACACUUCCUUAUGUGAACUACAUGAUGCUCUCACUUAACACUAGACUCAUCACCAGGAUGCUGCGCUCAUUGUGGCGGGGGAUUUUAACAGUGACAAUGAUACAAUCCAGAAAACCAUCAUCAGAAGGUUUCCCAAACAGGAGCCAUGGGUGGAUAAAACCAUCCACGACUCUCUGAGAUCUCACACCGCAUCCUAUAACAAUGGGCUCACCACCGGGAACAUGGCAGACUACAAGGCUACAUCCAACAACAUGCACAGAGCAGUGAAGGAGGCACAAUGGCACUGUGGGAGAAACUAGAGUCACAUUUUCAACAGGGUGGCUCUAGGAGCCUGUGGCAAGGACUGAGAAUGAUAAUGGACUAUGAAACACCAUCCUCCAGAAAGGUGAAUGCAGAUGCUUCUCUGGCAUUCUCUGGUGCUCGCUUCGAGGCUGCAGCUACCAGCAGUGUUGAUGGUACUAGUGGCAGUAUGCAUGUGGAGAGUGUCAGAGUGGGAAACGCUUUCAUUAGCUCAGAACACCACGUGAGGAAGGCUUUCAGGAGACUGAACACCAGGUAGGCAACAGGACCAGAUGGCAUAUCAGGUCGGGUCCUUAGAGCCUGCAUUGACCAGCUAGCACCGGUGUUAGCACAGAGAUAUUCAACCUCUCCCUGGCACAGUUGGUAAUCCCCACAUGCUUCAAACUGUCCAUUAUCAUUCCUGUCCCAAUGAAACCCCAGCCUGCCUACCUCAAUCAACUAGUAUCCCUGACUUCAGUUGUGAUGAAAUGCUUUGAAAGACUGACCAGAGACUUCAUCACCUCUUCAUUACCUGAUACCAUGGACAUGUUACUGUACCAAUCACUUUACAGAGAACGCCAUCACAGACCUCCUACACACAGCCCUGAGACAUAAGGAAGGGAAAUAAUGUUAAAAUGCUGUUUGUUUACUACAGUUCAGCAUUGUCAGUGGAUUUCCUACUUCCUGACAGACAGACCACAAGCAGUACGAGCAGUAUGAGUGGGCAGACAUGUCUUACCCUCCCUCAACCUCAGCAACGGAGUCCCUCAGGGUUGUGUCUUGAGCCCUCUGUUGUACUCACUGUACACUUAUGGCUGUGUGGCCACUACCAACUCUACCAGCAUUGUCAAGUUUGCUGAUGACACUAUUGUGCUGGGCCUGAUAUCUGAAACAAUGAGAAAGGCUAUGUAGAGGCGAUGAAAAGCCUGGAAAAUUGGUGCCAGGAGAACAACCCCCUCCUGAAUGUCAGCAAGACAAAGGAGUUGAUAGUGGACUUCAGCACAAAGAAAGAGAGGAGCUGCCAACCCUUAAGAUCAAUGGGGCCCCAGUGUAGAGAGUGGACAGCUUUUGAUACCUUGGUGUACACAUCAUGCAGGACCUGUCACAUUAGCACCCUGGUGAAGACGGUCCAUCAGCGUCUUUACCGUAUUAGACUCUUAAGGGACUUUAACCUGCCCUCUAAGGUGCUAAGGAACUUUUACACCUACACCAUUGAGAGCAUCCUGACGGGAAGCAUUACAGCCUGGUUUGGGAACAGCACAAAGCAGGUUAGGUGGGCUCUCCAGAUGGUGGUGCGAUUAGGUGAGUAUACCAUCCUUACUAAGCUCCUUGGCUUGCAGUCUAUCUACAGCAAGCAGUGCUGGACCAAGGCCAGGAGGAUAGUGAAGGACCUCAGCUAUCUGAACAAUCUACUCUUCUAUCUGUUGUGGUCAGGGAAUGUGCAUGGUGCCCUGUGAUGGACUGGGGUCCCAUCCAGUGUGCAUCCUACCUCACACCUAGUGUUCAAAGGAAUAGGCUUUGGAUCCACCAUGACCCUGACCAUGAUCAAGUUGUUCCUGAAGAUGAAUGAAUAAUAAAACAAUUGUAAAAGGUUAAUCACUAUUCGGCCAAAAGUUUGUGGACACCUGAUCAUCACACUAAUAUGUCCUUUUUGAAAAUCCUAUUCCAGAUUUAGUCUUCCUUUGCUGUUAUAAUAAGCUCCACUCUUCUGGAAAAGCUUUCCAUCAGAUUUUAGAGCAUGGUUGUAGGGGAUUUGCACAUUCAGCCACAAGAACAUUAGUGAGUUCAGGCACAGUCAGCGUUUUAGUUCAUCUGACACAAAGGUGUUUAGUGGGGUUCAGGUCAGGGCUCUGUGCAGGCAACUCAAGUUUUGCAAACCAUGUGUUCUGGGUGUUGGUUUGUGCACAGGGGCACUGUCGUUCUGGAACAGAAUUGGGGCUCUUGGUUCCAGUGAAGGGAAAUUUUAAUGCUACAGCAUACAAAGACAUUCUAUAAAAUUGUGUGCUUUCAAUUUUGUGGCAACAGUUUGGUCCACAAACUAUUGGUCAAUUAGUCUAUGUCACAGAGGGCUCCAGAAGCCCCACCCCACAUCCUCAUCAUGCAGCCUGGUAAUGGUAUUUACUUGGCUAAUCGGGAAAAUGAUGAAGCUCACCAAUCACCUAUCAGUGGAAUAACAACCAUACACAACAAGAAUGUCAAUGUCGCUUUAUGUGCCCCCUUGGAUGCAAUGGAUUUAGUGAGGUCAUAUGUCACAGACCUGUUAGAAACCUCCUACUUUAACCAUCAUGGCUUUAGGGCUUCAGAGGAAUAAAUAAGAAUUGCCCAUAGACCAAACAGUGAAGAUUUAAAAAUCAUUUCGGCAGCAGGUUCCUACAGAUUAACUCGAGAACACUAAAAUGUUGUUCAUUUUGUAACUCUGUGGAAACAUUUCAAGAUUCUAUGUAGGACCUUAACAAAAGGACAAAAGGUGGUUUCAUAUAAGAGAGGGUUCCAUUGAGAGGAACCCAAAGAACCCUUGAGAAAUCUUUUUCCAGAAGCGUGUGAGAUUUCAUUCCAUAAGGUAAGGAAGUUUGAAUCUGAUUGUCUAUGAGGAAAAACAUGUAAAUCCUGAUAUUCAUUCUGUAGAUGCCAAUCCAUAUAUAAAAUAUGUGCAGUCAGGGUGCUUCUCCAAGCUGUGAAAUCAGAAUGCCAUACACACUUUGGCCAUAGGAGGACUGUAGGACUGCAAGACGUUUCUAGCAGUGCCUUCAGUGCUAAUGUUUCACUUCUCUUUUUGCAUCUUCUCGACCUCUUUUUCUGGUUCAUUACCAUCACCAUACCAUGCCAUUUACUUCCAAAUGCUCUUUCACCUGCUGUUUCUAUCCCUCUCUAUGUAUCACAUUAUUUCCUCAACUCUACCUCCUGCCUAUCACUGUUUUCAUCCAUACACCAUAAAUCUUACUGACAAUGAUCAGGCUUCCCGAGACUGCGAGUGUUGUAAUGAUGAGAAUCACCCUUAUUGGACCUAAUGAGCCUUAAUUAAUUGAGAUGAUAACAAUCCAGGUCCAAUUUAAUUUAGAUUACAAUGUUCACUCCUCUGAUUCUACAUUGUACUUUCAUGUUCAUGCCUAGUGCAUUCCUCCUUUUGUUCCCUCUCUCCCUCUCUCUUUCUCGUGCUUCCUUUCUGACAUAGACACUUUUCUUAGUUUAGAUUUUCCGACGUUUCAGACAUUUACUUUUUCUCUGCGAGGGUGUCAGAACAAUCACUACACAACCUGCUCACCUCAACGUGAUGAAAGCCAUGUUGGAGUUUAGGGUACCCCCUGAUGUCUGUCUAUAGUAUCUAUUGAUAGUGUCACUGUCACUCAAACGCUGUCCUCCUGUUGAUGUUCCUCUACAUGUUUUUCCUUGAAUCUUCUCUUCAUUUUACUUCUCUAUUGCAUUUCAUUAUAUUCAGUGAGGUCCAGAUGUGGUGCAGAUAAACUGAUGCAAUGUGUGUGAUGCCUUCACACCACUGGAGCUGAUAUGAAUCAGAAUAAUAUAGAGAGAUAUUUCAGUGGUUGUAUUUGGUUUGUUUUGUUUUUCAGCUCUGCUAGAUUGAACCAGAAUCAAGUAGGAUUGGUUCUUUUUGGAUGGUUUUUUGGCAGAGCAGACUGAUUUGAAUUGGAAUGGAUUAGCCACAAUACAACAACAAAAAAAUGCAGCACUACGUUUCUAGAUUAUUUCUAAUGAUUUAAACCAUUUAGGCAUGAUAGUAAUGAUCAGAACAGGUGUGCUUGGCUGAAUCCCACUGCUUCUGGCAGCAAUGUGAAAGUCUGACAAAUGGAAAUUGCACAAAGCUGGCUUUAAUAACACAUAGCAAUGAUGGCUUUAAUAACUAAACCCAACACCUUCUGCUGCAGAGAGCUUCACACAUGUAACAGACACAGCAUGGAUUCCUGCUUUAGUUUGGCUCCUUUAAACCAUUUUGAUUCAGUGGUAAUGAUCAGAACAGGUGUGCUAGGCUGAAAGUUUGGAAACUGUGAAAGUUUGGCCAAUGCUGGCUUUAAUAACAGAAAUAACACAGUUAGACAAGUAGAAAGCUUCACACACACCUUAGAGCUGACAAUCAACCAAAUUCAAAACCAAUUGUAAAAUAUGAAUUACUUCUGUGGCUUUUUAAUUACUGCAAUGGCAAAGAUUUAUGACUUAAUCAAGUAAUUCGAUUCGCUUUUAAAUCUCUUCUUUUAAUUCGGUUAAAUAAGUCCUGCGAUAUUAAUCUUUGCAAUAUCCGCAGCCCGUUAUGAAGUAUUAAAGGUGCAACAAAAGAUCAAUAAAACCUGUUCAAUAGCAAUUGAUGGUGGCCUAUGCGACCCUUCCAAUAUUGCUGACAUUUGAGAAAUACCCACCCGCAUCUACUCUUCAAUCAGAGGUCUUUGCAUCUCAAGGGUCUGGAGAUACUCAUGACCUUUUUGACACGAGCACACAGUGUGCCAAAUGAACAAAUGCUAAUUAAAGUGAUGCAGUUAACACCCUAGUUGAUUGGUAGCAGAGAUCUGAUCCAUAUCAUGCUGCUACUUGAUUUGCCAAGAAGUUCAGAGGCCAUUGGAUAUGACACCCUGAGCUGGGGUUUGUUCAGCCUUCCGGACAGGGGGAUAUUAUUGUUUACUUUCAUUACAUCUGUGCAGUGAGCCGAUCUGACAUGAUAAGGCGGUCCAUGACUUUUAAUAAAUAUCCAAUAUAUUCCACUGGGAGGUCUGGUGAUCAGCAUGAGAAGCAAGAUGACAAGAAGACAAAGAAAUGAAAGAGAGAGGAAAUGUUGGACAAGCACGUGUGUGUCCACACAGACAGUCACCCGUGGCAGAGAAAUAAGAGAUAAUAAUCCAUCAGCCAAGGAAGCAUGGAGGAAAAUUGGAAGAACAGUGAUGUGAAGUGUGGGGGACAUUGCGAAGAAGAGACUCGAAGACAGAGACGUGUUGCAUCAGAGUUGUAGAUAUUAUUAAACAGAAGCAGAGACCGCUCACUCUGGGGGAUGUCGCUGACCGCAGAAAGAGAGGGAAAGAAGGAAAGGAAACUGAAAGGGAGGAGGGGUGUGGAAACUGAUUAUCCUGAAGCCGUGUCUUCACACGUGUAUCAUUAGAGCAAAUUAUAUAGAGAGAAAGACAGAUGCUGUUGCUGGCACGUGCUUAUGUGGCGCAGCAUAAAGCUGCUGUUUACAUGCUGUCCGACUGCUGCAAGCUUCCUGGAUCAUGGAUAAAUCUCAAACACACACACACACACACACACACACACAGACACACACAGAGUUACACUCCAGUCAUAAGCAGAGACAGUGGGAAGCUGGAAGGAAUCUUAAUGUGCACACAGAUGUUCACUAAGGUUGACACAACAGAUAAAGGCAUGCACUCCAAAAGGAUAUUGGACGAUUUCCAGGGAAUUAAAGUGGCUGGAAAAAGAGAGAGGGAAUGUGUGGAAGUGGAGGAGGGGGGAAAUAUAGUAGAGGAAAUCAGAAGCUGAGUGUACAGGGAACUGGGAAUUAGUAGCAGAGGCGCAGAAAUGGCAUUCUUCCUCCUAUGCAGUGCGUACUUGUGCAUGUUCUCACUCAGCAUUUUGCCACAACUGAACUUCUCAGUUCUUCCAGUUGCUCUUUCUGCUUCUCUGCCGUCAUCCUUAACUGACACACAACCUCUCUCCUUACCUCCUGUUAUACCUCCUCUGACAGUUCUAUAGAUGAUUUACCAUCUGAUAUACACUCACGCUUCUCCAUCUCUGCCUCUUCCCCACUCUCUCCAUCGCUCGGUCUCUCCUCUCCUCUCCUCUCCCCUCCUCCUCCUUUCUCUCUCUCUCUGUCUUUCAGGCUCUCUUACUCAUUCUCUCACACCACCUGUUAGUGCAGACCUGUAAGCUUUGGAAUCCACUUGUUUAUGAGGGACUCAUUUACGCACGCAAUCAGAGCUCUAUGACGGUGCGUAAAGGAAAGAAACUCACCAUCUCCAUCCAGGAACACAUGGCCAUAGACGUCUGCCCGGGCCCGAUCCGACCAAUCAGACAGAUCUCCGCGUACUUCCCCCGUCUCUCACCAACCGGCGAGCCUAUCUCCCCACACCCUACUGCCUCUUCAGUGGCCCUUAGCCCUGGUCUCGGGGCUUCUGGAGUGGGGAGCAGCACACUCCUCUCCCCACUGCAGGCCGGGGCCAGGGGAGGUGGUGGAACAUUAUCAUUGUCCAGUAGUGUGGACACAUCAGUCGACAUUAACAGCUCUGACAGUGAUGACUGUACGGCUCUCGGGACAUUAGAAUUCGAACUGAGGUAUGAGAGAGCAACCAGCUCGCUUCACUGCACCAUCCUCAGAGCCAAGGGUUUGAAGCCUAUGGAUUUCAACGGCCUGGCAGAUCCAUAUGUUAAGAUUCAUCUCCUGCCUGGAGCGAGUAAGGCUAAUAAGUUGAAAACCAAAACUGUACGGAAUUCCUUAAAUCCAGUCUGGAAUGAGACUCUAACAUACAUUGGAAUCACGGAAGAAGACAUGCACAGAAAGACCCUGAGGUUAUCAGUGUGUGAUGAAGACAAGCUGACUCAUAAUGAAUUUAUUGGUGAGUCGCGGGUGGCUCUGAGGCGUGUGAAACCAGACCAGACAAAGCGCUUCUACACCUGCCUAGAGCAUCCACCCCCUCUUCCCUCACCAACAGCAAUGGGAGCGGCACUGCGAGGGAUCUCCUGUUAUCUCAGAGAAUGGGAACAUGAGCAGUUGCACAGUCUGGAGGAGAGAGGCCGUCUGUUGCUGUCUCUCCAGUUCCUGCCUCCAUCUGUAGAGGGAGAUGGAGAAGCCCAGCGAGGAGGUCUGUGUGUCGGUGUUCAGCGUUGUGCUCACCUCGCCGCCAUGGAUGUCAAUGGCUUCUCUGAUCCCUAUGUCAAAAUAUAUCUGAAGCCUGAUGUGCAAAAGAAAUCAAAACAUAAAACGGCCGUGAUUAAAAAGACCCUUAACCCAGAAUUUAAUGAGGAGUUCUUUUAUGAGAUUUCUCUCACAGAACUGGUCAGUAAGACGCUGGAGGUCACUGUAUGGGACUAUGACCUGGGUCGAUCCAAUGAUUUUAUAGGUGGAGUAUGUCUGAGCUGUCACUCACAGGGAGAUGCUCUACGCCAUUGGAUGGACUGUCUGAGGAAUAAGGGACAGAGGGUGGAGCGAUGGCAUGUCCUGACCAAUGAACUCCCUCAGAGCUCCUGUCAGGAGUGAGGAUCUUACAGGGGAUGUCAGUGAAUACUUAAUGCUGCAUGGAGUUAAAGAUGAGCACUCAGAGUGCAUUUGCGCACUUCAGACUUUGUGCACUAUAUGCUGUAUGCGCUCAUCAUAUACAUAGUCAAUGCAUGAUCGAUAUUCAUGACCGGCACAAAUACUGUAUUACUUGAACACACCUUGCUCAUAACCAGGAGAGUUUAAGGGAUGGACUGUCAGUCAGUUGCCUUUUUAUUCCAUACUAAUUGCUGGACCUUACCUGUCAGUCUCUCCCGAUCAUUGCUGCACGUUUUGUAUACGUUUUGUAACAAUAAAGUGAAUUCUAAUCUUCUGAGAAUCCCAUGUAGCAUAUCCUUCUGAUUGGAUAUAAUAGAAAAUGUAUUUUAUUCUCAACACUUCAGUAAUUAGGAAAGACAUGCACUACAUUAACAGCCUGUAGGAAAACAAGCAAGGUGCCUGCAGUCAAAUUUAUAUCGUUUCAAAAUGACACAGGAAGCUUAAGGGAAAAGUUUCUCAUUAAUGUUUUUGGACACUGAAUGUAUUAAUUGGACAUCAGGACUGUUACUCAUAAACCAUCUCAGAACUGAUAAAAACUGGAGUGGAUUCCAGUCCUAAAUUAGCCUUCCUUCUUUCAGAACCCUUGUAAAUACUGGCACUCUCAUAUAAACACGACCAACCAUCUGUUUUGUAGCAUGAGGAAAUGUUUACAGCAUUAUAAAGCAUGCCCCAACAAUGUUUUCCAGGGCUGUAAUUCUUGUAAUUUUGAAGUCCCAUUUGCUAAUGAUAUUUAUAUGUUUGUUUUCCUUUUUUUUGUCUGGUCUGCAUGCCCAAUGCUGUGAGUGUCAGUUUAUAUUACUGUGUUAUUUGGAUAUUUAUUGAGUGUUGUACUUUUGAGGAUUUGUGAUUACUACAUUUGUAUGAAGUGUUUAUGUAAAAUUUGGAAAUACAAAUGAAUGCAUUGCUCUAAGGCUG